AUGAAGCGCCGGAGAUUGCGGUCAAAGCAAAGGCCUCCCCCAUGCUAUGAUGAAAAAAGAGAAAGUGAGGACGGUCAUGUUCUACCACUUGCUGCGAGUGCAGCUGUUGCAGUUGGCGAGAGUCAUGCAUGUGAGGCGGGCCCUGCAGAAGCGGAAAUUGUUGAUGCUGCAAACGCAGCCCUUGCUGAAGCUGUGGACAAUGAUGGGCAUGAAAAUGCAGAUGCCGCUAUUCGUUGGCAGUUGCUGAGUAAGUAUAAGGCUGUGCAAGGCUUGGUUGCAGCUGUGAUUCGUGAGAAGAGCGAUGAGGAGCUCCACAACAUUUCAAUCAACAUCAUCUUGGACGAUAUCCAGGCAAAAGCUUCCAACAAAAUCAGCAUGUCAGAACUUCUGGAGGAGAAAGACGAGUUUGUAGCGGCUACAAUGUCCGCAGUUCCAAAAGAGCUAUCUCGACGAUUGCUUCUUGCUGUGAACAAGCCACAGGCGCAUGCCAGGCGACCAGCACAAAUAGAUUCACAAUGUGUCCAAAAGACUUACCUGCUCACCUUCUCCAACCUGGAUCCAAGCAAUGCUCCCACCAGGGAAACCAUCCUUGAGACCGUCUUGCAGGCAUUUGGCGCUGCAGGCUAUGGUUCGGAUGUUUGCGUGACGCAUGCCUGCGUCUUCCGGGAGACGCAUGGCAGUGGACAGUGGCACUUCCAUGUGCCGACAGCAUUGUCGCACCCUUGUCGAUGGGUUGGAUGGAAAAAAGAGUUGUCGAAAGCUGGCUACAUUGCUCAUUUUGCCAACAUGGCUAUUGAUUACCACAGCAAGCACAGAAAAAUGCAAUAUGCCCAUAUGUUGCGGUACCUCUGGUUGCCAUCUGACAAGAAGGGCCUGUCCGCCUUGGACAAAGAUCCCUUGUUGUGGUGCAGUGGGGGCCGGAAGCAUCCGCCUCUUCUAGAUGCGAUCAAUGGGGUCUUGGACAGUACUGCAAUUGAAGAGAAGGUGGCAGAGCGUUUUUUGCAGCGUUGGUCUGCGGGCAAGCGUGGGCCAUGCAAAUUCUCUGACUUGGAGUUAUGGCCAAUAGUGAAAGAACUUGGGCUCACUGCCGAUGACCCUGUCCUGCUUGCUAAACUCCUUCAGCAUGGGCGAAAUUCCGGAAAUGAAAGAUUGCUGAACUACCUCUUCCGCACAAACAACACCAUCAGAGAGAAGGUCGCCACGUGCUGCACACUAGAAUCAUGUGAUCGCGUCAUCGCAGAUUCUCAGACAACUACGUGGAAGCGCGUCACUGCCGCCUUGGGGCGACAGUGUUGUUGUGACAGAACUUGGGCACCAGCAGCUCGCGAGAUUCUCCGCAACAAUAACAUUGAGGAGGGGAAGCUUUGCCAACAUUUGCGUCAGGCCCUCAUGCUGGGCAUGCAGAAGAAGGGGGAUGCAGUAUGCUUCACAGGUUCCGGAAACGAGGGCAAAAGCUUCAUUUUGAAGCCAUUGCGUGAAAUUUUCCAGCGCGUGUUCGCCUGUCCAGCUCGAGACCUGACCAUGGAGCCUUGGAUGUCAGCAGUACCUUAUUAUGGUUGGAAAGUGCGACGCUACGCAUCAAUCGGCCAUUGA